AUGGCGACAAAGGUCGGCCGCAUAAAGCCGUCGGCGCGGACACACGAUGCGUCACGGGCCACAAUGCAAACAGCCGGCGUCUGUGAUGCUGUGUGCUGGUGUCACAACAGCGCUCUCUCCGACUGUGCGUGGCGCCGUGACCAAUCGCCGACAAUGCUGGUGGCCCGCCAGCAAAGAAAGCCGAGCGGUGGCGCGAAGCCUUUG